AGUGAAACUGCGUCUUUUUAUCUUGGUGAUAAACACAUACCGGUUUAUGCCUCAGAGAUUAAGGAAUUGUCAAACAGCGACAUUGCAUGGCUAUUACUAGAUCCUCCUGAAGAUAAAGUCGCUUUGAAACCACCCGUAAAGUGUCAAGAAAACAAAAUUUUCAUCAUUGAUAAAAAAUCGCCGUAUUUUCGAAACCCAGACGACUGGAAAGCAGAUGGCCUUGGAGUCUACAAAAACGAUGGAACUCAUGUUGUUACGUAUUACGAGGACAAGAAUCCUGAAAUCCGCUGGAUAUCCAAAACAAAACCAGAAGAUUGCAAACGCUCCACAGUUCUUCUCAAGAGAACGUACUGGACGCACGUACAACAUCCUGAUUUCCGCAGAAGAGCUUACGAAAUACUCAGAUAUAGUGGGCACAGCUUUACGCCCGAGCGAUUCGUACUUUUACAGUACAGUUUCAGCGGAAAACCUCAUGCGAUGACGACCAAACCACACGGCAAUUCUAAGUCCGAGAAAGCUUUUACUCGCACCAAACCUGGAGUUUUGGAGAGCAUCAAGGGAAAGGUGAAAGGUUCUGCUCCUCCUUCCAAAGUGUAUGACGAAGUGUUUGAAGAGGCUGGGGGCCUACUCAAGGUUUGCAGUGUCUCAGAUGUUCCCAGAAAUAGAAAGCGAGUGGAGAACGCAAAAUAUAAGGGAAGGGAAGUUCGAAGUCAAGACGAGUUAUACGACCUAACCCUCAAAUCAAAAGAAGGGGGGGAAACGGGAAAAGUUUACAUUCGACGCCUGCAAGUUGCACCUAGUCCGGCAUGCGUUUUGGCUUCUGAUAGGCAAGUUCAGGAUGUUAAGCGGUUUUGUGCCAAUACAACUGAAAAUUUUUCAGUGCUCUCCAUCGACACAACUUUCAACAUUGGCGACUUCUAUGUGACACCUACAACCUAUAAGCAUCUGCUGCUGGACGACAGGAGAACUGAAAACCCCCCUCUUUUACUUGGGCCAACACUAAUACACACAAGAAAGGAUAGCGACACCUUCAGCUACUUUGGAGCCACACUUACAGGACUUGAAAACGGCACUAGAAAAAUACGAUUUAUAGGGUCAGACCGAGAAGAUGCCGUUGAGAAGGGAAUGAGUCCUUAUCUUCCUGUUGCAACAUGGCUUGCUUGCCAAACGUCACGUGGUAGAGGACUGUAAAAGGAAGCUUCGCUCGUUAGGAAUCUCAUCAGAGUACCUUACAGCUUUUCUACGUGACAUAUUUGGGUCUGAUGCCAACCAUGAAAAAGGGCUCAUCGAUUCUGAAGGAUGCAUGGACUUUGAUGCUAAACUUGAGAGUUUGGAAAACGUGUGGAAUUCAAGAGAAAAAACAUCAAGGGGUACAGCACUCUCCGAUUCAAGCAAAGCAGAAUUCCACAAGUACUCUGUCGCACACGUUGCGGAAGACAUGAAGAAGAAGAUGAUUUCCCCCCUUAGAAAACGUGCUGGCCUAGGGGAAGCCUUUUUUUACAACAACGCAGCAGAGUCCAAACAUCAGCGGAUAAAAGCACGAAAAGGGCAGAUGUACGGGGAAAGAAAACUCGCCUGGACUGAAGUAGUUGACUUGCUAAAAUCUAUUUCUGAAGAGGAGGAAAGGAAUUGCGAAAGGGCUAUUGCGGAUAAGGGUCCUUUCAAG